GUAACCCCCACCAACAUCAGUCUCCGCCAUCCGCUCACAAUGUUCACAACGGUCCUCACUGCCGCCCUCGUGGCCUGUGUUGCCGCCGACGGUAUUCCAAGCUUCGUCUCUCCUGGUCAAUGUGCCUCAGUUGCCAACCAGGACAACUUCGACCUCAGGAAGUACGCUGGCCGUUGGUACCAGACCCACAUCAUCGAGAACCCUUACCAGCCGGUGACUCGAUGCAUCCACUCCAACUAUGACUAUUCCGAUAGUGACUACGGCUUCAAGGUGACCACCGCCGGCUUCAACCCGAAGGGAGAAUAUCUGAAGAUUGACUUCAAGAUCUACCCAACAAAGGAGUUCCCAGCCGCUCACAUGCUCAUUGAUGCUCCUUCAGUGUUCGCCUCGCCGUAUGAGGUUAUCGAGACUGACUACGACACCUACUCCUGCGUCUACUCCUGCGUCACCACCGACAACUAUAAGUCAGAGUUCGGCUUCGUGUACUCCCGUACCCCCCAGACCUCAGGACCCGCCGUCGAGAAGUGUGCCGCUGUCUUCAAGAAGAACGGUGUCGAGUUCUCAAAGUUCGUGCCUGUCCAACAGACGGCUGAGUGCGUCUACAGAGCUUAAGUCUCUCAUAUUUCCUAAAAUAAUUUAAUUAUUCGAGACUUUAUCUCGUUUAUAAUUUCCAUGUUAUCAAGAGCGCCAUUUAGGUCUAUUGAUAACAACAACAAAGUACCAAACGUCUAUUCAACUUGAGCAUCACAGAUGGCGAAAACGUAAGCUUAAACACUUCGUUUGACAACAACAUUACCUUCACGAAAUGGCCAUAAUAUUAGCCUCAGCACCAUUACUCGUAGCCACAGCAUAUGCUACAGCACCAUCAAGAGUAGACAUAUAAUAAACUCCAACAUCAUCUAAGGUAGCCACAGCAUAUGCUACAGCACCAUCAAGAGUAGACAUAUAAUAAACUCCAACAUCAUCUAAGGUAGCCACAGCAUAUGCUACAGCACCAUCAAGAGUAGACAUAUAAUAAACUCCAACAUCAUCUAAGGUAGACAUACCAUGAGCUACAGCACCAUCACGAUUUGCCUAAAAUUAAAUACAUCACCAUCAUGCAGGACCGCAACAUAACCUUCAACAUCAAGAUGCAGGUCACAAUAUAUGCUGCAACAUCCAUCACCAAGCAUCACUAUCUAGGGUUAAUUGUUUUUUGAAAUAUUUAUGUUUUGUAUAUGUGUAUAUAGUAUUUAGCGAUAUGUAUAAAUAUAAGUUGCGCUAUCAUGAAUGUAUGUGAACAAUGAAUAAAAUGUUAAAAUAA